CCGCUUUAUGAAUGGUAGAAGUGCUAGAAAAGGAGUUUGUGUUUGAGUUUCCGCGUAACAGAAUUAUGUUUUCUCGUACAGUCAAAUUACAAUCCGACGCUAUGUGGUUAAGCCGUACAUUACGAUUUUUCUGACGCAUUUUACUUUGAGAAAUUCAAUUAAUUCACUGGCGCCUCUGCGUUAGUUACUUAGCGUUACAGUUGGCGUUCCAGUUACUUUUCUGCUUGAAUGCAUAAAACGACGUUUUGUUAAGAAAGUAAUUGGAACGCCGAUGCAUUUCUCCGCGAAGUUCGGGAAAUUAUUUCUCGACACUGGUGUCAUCCUGAGUAUUUGUUCCAAGUGGGACCACCUUGCAAACUCCACGGCUAGAAUUUGUAAAAUGCAAUAUGGGCCGUAGGGUAAUUAGUUAAAAACUUAAGUAGCGAUUUUUUUGUUAAUAAGUCACUUAUGCAUUUCAAUUUUUCGUGAAAGUAAUGUCGGCCUCUUCGAGUAGACCAGCUCAUGAACUAGAAUUGUGCUAUCUGCCACAGUCAACCUUUAAACAUUUUUGAAAGCGUUCACUGAAACAUCCUGUGUAUACAGCGGCUGCUUGACGCGCGGAAGCCACUCUGUAGCUUCACGAUACCAGUUAUCACUGCUCAACAAUAGGCCUAUCUCGCAUGUAAAUGCAGAUAAGAUCAAGACAUUGAACGGACUUGUGUCCCUGGAGGGCAAACAGCCCCAAGUGUGCACUCUGGCAAGUCUGCAGCGGGGCUAUAUGUACACUGGGUCACUAACUUCAGGAGGUACUUGAUUUCACCAGGGUCCUUCAAUACUUUGGAAGGUCCCUGAUUUCACCUUCCAGUGACGGAACAUUAGGCGCGGUGUUUAAAAUUAUGGUAGACAUGGGUACUCUCCAUGAACUUGUGAACGACACGACGAGAAACUAUCCAUGAUUAGAGGCUUAAACCAGAGUUAGUAACUUUUCUUUUAAGAUUGCCGUCAUGUAGCCACCUCAAACACUCCAGUUUUGGCAAACGCUAAAUGAUGAGACAGGAAGCGAGCGGUGUGGAUUAGCGAGCAAACGGGGAUAGCCGAUAUUCUAGUUGACACUGAGAAAGAGAUGGAGCUGGGCAGGCCAUGUAAUGCGUAGGACAGAAAACUGGUGGACCAUUAUAGUUACAUAACGAGUGCGAAGGAACGGGAAGCGCAGUCGAGGAUGGCGGAAAGUUAGGUGGGGUGAUGAGACUAGGAAAUUUUCAAGCUUAAGAUGGAGUCAACUGGCGCAAGACAGUAGUAAAAUUGGAGAUCGCUUGUAGAGGUCUUCGUCCGACAGUGAAUAUAUAUUCGCUGGUGAGGAUGAUGAUAAUGAAGCGAUGAUGUGGCUUGCUCGAAAUUUUGUCUUUUAAUUUUUAAAUUUUUAAUUGUUUCUACACGUCUUUUUUGAUAUUUUAUUGCAAGUAUAGCUUUAUAUUACGUAGCGUCCUGUGGUUGCGAGUUAACGGAGGGAAAAUGAAAAGGGAAAACAACCCCCUGUUUACUAAAACAGUAUCAUAUCUCAAGAUUGUUCUUUUUUCUUCUUUUUUAGUCUGCAGCCGGCCUACUUGAAUAUACAAGGGCCAGGUGACUGCGCUGCCAGAGUCGCGUCAGAGCGGGAAGCCUGAGUGACAUGAAACACCGAAGGAAGCGUCCUUCUUGGGAGUGAUGCUCGUCGGCCGGUGUGGUGCCACGCCGGCGCCGCGCCGUGGUCAUGCUGUCGGACCCCUGGCGGCUGCGACCGGCAGUGCCCGAUGUGAUCGGAGAUGACGUCAGCUCGGACGAUGACGACGACUACUACGAUGACAGUGGUUUGGCCGAUGCGUACGAGAUCGCGCGCAAAGUGCGCGAGGCCAACGCCCGGCUGCGGGCCGACAUCACGCCCCUGGAAUCGAGCCGCCAACGACGGGUUCAGUUCCGGGAUCCCAUCCGGGCCGUGUUCUUCUUCACGCCCGAUGGCGGGGAGGAGAACGGCGAGGAGGAUGAAGACGAUAACGAGGAUGACGACGGGGAGGAAUACGAAGACGAGGGCUCCCCGAAGGCCGAGGACGCGCUGGCGCACUCCGGCCCAGUUCGGAGGCUCGUGACGGCCGCCGUGGAACGAAGGAGCAGUCUGACGGGCGAGGAACCGGACGAGCCUUCUUCUACGGUGAUGAUGGCAGCUGGCGGACCAGAGGGCGCUGACGACGACGAUGUCGACGACGACUUCGAGCAGAGAAUUGCGCAUGCGAACGACUCCGGUGACGACGUUGACAGUUUCGAGUCGGACGACAACCCGUCGGUGAGCGAGGACAUCUCCGAGCUGUCGUCGGAAGGCAAGGACGACAACCAGGAGGCGUCCGUGCAGGAAGCGAGCGGCGCGGCGGACGCCGAAGACGACAGGCGCUCGCCAGAUGCCGCCAGCACUGUUUCGGCGUCAAGUGAUUCUCCGGAGCACCGGCCAGCGCUGAAGCCAGCAAGCUCUUGGGACAGCAGCUUGGAAGAGGCAGCCAGCAGCACUGCGCAGGAAGGACCGGUGAACUUUGACCUCGGCGCAAAGGACGACAACGAAUCGGUUGAUGAGGAACCCGCGGUCGCGGCUAGCGGCGCUCCGAAGAGCGUCGCAGAGCCGGAGGUGACUUCACAGUCUACGGUGAGAAGCGGUGAUGCCUCCAGUACAGUCGGCGACGGAAAGCAGGCUGGUGCCGUUGGACCUCUACGGAAGGAGGUGCCUGCCGCGCAACCUAGUGUCGCCGCGGACAGGCCUUCCACCAGCCCAGCCACGCUGACCUCGAUCUACGGGGCCUCGCCGCGACCGAGACCGGUGGUGACCACUGGUCGUAACGGCGGAGGAGCCGCUCGCGGUGCUCCGACCACGAUCAGUGGGAGUCGUGGCCGCCCGGGCUCUGUUCCGAACGAAGCUGACCAGCGUGCAAGGAGCUCUUGGAACAGGGCCACGCGGCAGACACCGCUGCAGCUUUCAGCACGGAGUGCUCGGAGCGUGCCGUCGGCCUUGCCGAUGGCAAAGUCUGCCGAGCACGGGCCGCGUCAGCAACUUUCGACUCGCGGCAGCACCUCGAAGCUGGUUCAGCGGCCGCCACUGUUGGCGAGACACGACCGAGUGUUGUCUGCAGACGAGGCGAAGAUGGCGAACAACAUGGCGUCCACCACCGUCGUGCGCGGCUCGAGAUCGACGUACUCACUGCCUCGGGAGCUCAAAGAGGAGCUGAUGCGCAAGAAGCGACGCGAGAGAGAGCUGCGACUGCAGCGCCAAGCACGCGAGGAGAGCGAGCGACGGGAGCGCGCCCUGGAGGCGGAGCGGGCUUUUCGGGCAUGGCUGACUAAGAAACGUCGAGAGGAAAGCUUGACGCGCCCAGGCAGCUUGGCCAGCAGAGAUGACGAUUCGUCGCCGAGCGAAUCGUCACGUGUCACGGACGCAGAUGGGCGGCGUGCCGCGUCCUCGGGCGCUUUCGAGGCGUGGCUACGGCGCAAGCAGCGGCAGCAGCGCGAGGACGAGCUGCGGCGCACACUACGGGAGCUCGACCUGGCGGCGACGGAGAAACCCCGCCGGUCGCGACACGAGGCGCAGCAGGUGUACCUGGAAUGGCUGGAGCGCAAGUACGAAGAAGAGCGCCAGCGCCGCCUAGCGGCUUUGACCGAACGUCGAGGAGGCCGUGAGGCAGCGCUGUCGGCGCGUUCCCUGCGGAUCCUCGAGCGCUACCUUCGCAGCGACGAGUUCGCCCGAUACCCGGAGCUGGUGGUCUAGAGAGGCUCUAUAGUGGUCGACAGCGCUUCACCUGUUCAGCAUGGAACCCGAAAAAAGCACCGUGUGAACUUAGUGUGGCUUUGCGAUGCUGUGAACCCAACAAUUCUAGGAGGCCAUGUAGUUUUACAUGAUGUCACAAAGAUAUGCAUUUUGGAUAGUGUGUUUUGAGCACGAGUCUCUGACUGUGUGUGUGUGUGUGUGUGUGUGUGUGUGUGUGUGUAUUACUAAUGCUACUUUCUGUCGCAGUUUUCGUUCGGCUAACUUAUAAUAAAAAAAUGGUAGUCCACCAAAUGGUUAAACAAAGAGUGUUACUUGAAUUAUACUCAAGGAUGUCUCUGGUAAUCGAUGGGUAA